AUGAGUUGUAGCAUCAAGCAGACAACUGGGUCCCUGAGGGGCAGGACCAGUGGUGGCAGCUGCGUGAUUGGUGGUGGUGGUGGUGGUGGAGGAGCGCGGAUCUCAUCGGUCUCCUCUGGAAGAUACACGAGCUGUGGGGUGGGGGCCAGCAGAGGGUUCUCUGUUAGGAGCUACUGCGGUGGUGUGAAUUAUGGAGGAGGACUGAGCACUGGCAGCUUGGUCGGUGGGAACUUUGGAGGUGGCUUAGGAGCCACUGUCCUUGGAGGAUGCUCAGGCAUUGGAUUCAGCGGUGGCAGUGCCCGCUUUGGCGGUGGCAUCGGAGGUGGCCUUGGUAUUGGGCUCGGUGGAGGUGGUUUUUCUGGUGAUGGCUUUCUUCUUUCUGGUGACGAGAAGGUCACCAUGCAGAACCUUAACGACCGCCUGGCCUCUUACCUGGACAAGGUGAGGUGCCUGGAACAAGAAAAUGCCGACCUGGAGUGCAGGAUCAGGGAGUGGUAUGCCAAGCAGGGCCCUUUCUGCGAGCCCCGGGACUACAGCUGCUAUUACAAGGAGAUAGAAGAUCUUCAGAACCAGAUCGUCUGUGCCACUAUUGACAACAACAAGAUCAUUCUGAACAUCGACAACAGCAGGAUGACAGCUGACGACUUCCGAGUCAAGUACGAGACGGAGCUGGCCCUGCGCCAGAGCGUGGAGGCUGACAUCAAUGGACUGCGGCAGGUCCUGGACCAGCUGACGCUCUGCAGGUCCGACCUGGAGGCACAGCUGGAGUCGCUGCGGGAGGAGCUCUGCUGCCUGAAGAAGAACCACGAGGAGGAGAUGUGCUGUCUGAGGAAGCAAUCGACUGGAGAUGUGAGUGUGGAGGUCAAUGCCUGCCCUGGGCCAGACCUGAGGAAGAUCCUGGAGGAGAUGCGGUGCCAGUACGAGACCCUGAUCGAACGCAACCGCAAGGAGGUGGAGGAUUGGUACGAGUGCAAGAUUGAGGAGGUGAAUCGGGAGGUCAUUACGAGCGGCCAGGAGGUGGAGACGUGCAACAACCAGGUCACGGAACUGAGACGCCAGCUGCAAGCCCUGGAGAUCGAUCUGCAGGCACAGCUCAGCCAGAGGGACAACCUGGAGUCGUCGCUGGCAGAGACCGAGUGCCGCUACAACAACCACCUGGGUGAGCUGCAGGGGCAGAUAUCCUGCGUGGAGCAGCAGCUGGCUGACCUGCGGGCGGAGAUGGAGUGCCAGAACCAGGAGUACAAGAUCCUGCUGGACGUCAAGUGCCGCCUGGAGCAGGAGAUCCACACCUACCGCUGCCUGCUGGAGGGGGGGCAGCAGGACCUGCUUCAGCAAGGAGGAAUCAGUCAGUCUUCAGGUCUAGGAGGAGGAGUUGCAAGAACAAGUGGGAUAGGAGGAGGAGGCAUCAUUAGAACCAGCCACACCUACACUGCAUCUGCCCAGAUGCCAUCCUGUGCAGCUGCAGAGAUACAAGUGCCUUGCAGGAGGAUUUGCGACUAA